AUGAAGUUCUUUACCUUAGCUCUCGCAACUCUGCUAGCCCAGACGGUCACGAUCGCCCAGAGUGGGUUCGAGCACCAGUCCAAUGGCUUCCGUCUUAUCCUCAAAUCAACCGACAAUGACCUCAAUGACCACGCACUCGGAGCUUGCCAUUGGUCCGCAGCCUACGAGGGCCUAUGCCUAACCAACGAUACGACCGCCACCCCUGCACGUCCCUACACUACCUUCUACCACAACGUAUCCUCCUACGACGCCGAGGGUAUCCUCAACUGGCCCAUGAGUCUUUACGGUCGCGUCGAUCCCGUUCCGUCCGCAAUGCGCUUCGAGUACGAAGCUGGGACCAAUCUCGUGAACAUUGCCCUCACGCCCUGGACCGACACAUACCAACUGGUGUGGUUCGAAGACGGCAGCGCUAGCAUGUACAUUACAAUCGCCAAAGAUGAUACUGGCAAGGCCCCUGAUUGGGUUCAUCCACCGAAAAAGGUCAAGAAUUGGUACAUGUGUACUAUGAGGUAUGACGACACGUGGCGGUCGCUGGCAUGGAAGAUAGGUUUUGUGGGCGAGCCGCAAAAUCCUACUUGUUCAAAGGUCGACGUAGUGAGGGUGUGGGUUUGA